UUUUGCACAAACCUCUCUUGUUCCGAACUGAAGGAAUACCACUGGGUGGCGCUAUAGACUGUCUAUAGACUAUAGACUGUGUUCACCAUCCUUAAAAACAGAUGAAGAAGAAACGUAACCGGAGUGACAGAGGUGUUUGACCGUCAUAUCCGAUCAUGAGUGUCCCCUGUUUUGUACGAAUGGUGGCCAGAAGUUUCGCCGGUGGAUCAAAACUGUUCAGACCAGCUGUUUUGUGUUCAUGUAAAGACACAGUCACGCGAAAAAUGUCAUCCAGAAGACAGACUGACCAUCUAGAGAGAACUGCUAACGUUCAUAGAGACAUGGAACUUUUCCCUGCACGUGUUAGUGACAUUAUUAAAGAAUCUGAUACAGUAAAGCGACUGAGACUGGAGGUGCCGCAUCCUGACUUCAGUUUCCGUGCUGGACAGUGGGUGGAUUUCUUCAUCCCAGGUGUGGAAACAGUCGGCGGCUUUUCCAUUUGCUCGAAUCCUGGCCUGCUGCAGAGAGAGGGAGUGAUUGAACUGGCCGUCAAAUACACACACCAUCCUCCAGCACACUGGAUUCACACGAAAUGCUCUGUGGACUCUCAGGUAGCUGUGAGGGUGGGAGGUAAUUUCUUUUUUGACCCUCAACCUUCUGACCCUGUGGUCGACCUGUUGCUGAUAGCUGGUGGUGUGGGCAUCAACCCUCUGUACUCCAUCCUGCUGCAUGCAGCUGAUCUGCUCCGACACGCUGAUGGUCACAGGUACACACCAGGGCACACACACCUGUGCUACAGCGCCAAGAACACCAAAGAGCUGCUCUUCAAGAACACCAUUGUUGACAUUUGUCAUGAGCGACCAGAUAGCUUCUCCUGUGAUUUCCAUGUUACCCAGCAGAGCUCUGACAUAGAGCAGGAACUUAAGCCUUACACCAUAAGUGGAAGGAUAUCAGAAGAGGAGCUUCAGCGUUAUGUAGACUCUGAGCGCACAUUGUGUUAUCUUUGUGGCCCUCCUCCUAUGAUAGAGAAAGUGAAUUCAGACCUGCAGAGAAUCGGCCUACCGGAGAACAGAAUCCUUUUUGAGAAAUGGUGGUAGCUUUACAACUCUGCCCAAAACAGUGAUGGAUGCAUUUGCCUCUGUGUCAUUAUAGAAACAGACUUUAAUGGCAAUGGACCCGUAAUAACUUUGAAAUCUGUUGAAACGCACAACAGACGUUAUGUCUGCAUCCUCCACAUCUGAACAAACAAUUUUCUAGACUCUAUUUUUGUUAUACCUCAUUUUAAAGAUGGACUCAACAAAUUGACCAUAACAAGCACUGUCAUGGUCUACAUUACAGUUCAUUUGCUGGUUAACGUCAGGAGUCCUGCUUUGAGGGCAUGUUGAAAGAUUGCACACUCAAAUUGCAGUUUUUUUGUGAAUAAUAUUAUAUGUUGUUUGCAUUUUAGAACACAUAUUUAUUCAUUACAAACAUUCUUCACAGGGAUGUAGAAAUGAUCUGAAAAGUGGUGGGACAAAACAUAAAACAUAUUUAAUAUAGUCCUAAUUUGCUGAAAGGUGCUAAACCUGGUAGAAGUCCCUUUAAAGUCACCAUAAAAUCAAAAUUGUAAAUGGAAUAUUGUAGUAUUUAUUAUAAAUUUAUCAUUUUUUUAAAUGCACAUGCCCUCAUAGUCAUUAAAGUGUUAGUUAACACAAAAAUGAAAA